AUGGAUCUCUUUCCUAGCUCCAAGUACCUUUUGUCAUCGCUUCGUGUCCAUGUAGUGUAUUAUCUGAUACUCUUGUGCUUCUUCCCUCUCAACAAUGCCGCCGAACAGCAUCCUCUGAGCUCCGGAGCGAUCACGCCACCCAAGAGGGUCGCGAUAAUCGGAGCUGGAGCUGCAGGGUCCAGCACGGCGUAUUCACUGCGCAAGUAUGCAGAUGCGUUGCAGCUACCCGUCAACAUCACCGUCUUCGAACGCUCUUCCCAUGUCGGCGGUCGCUCAACCACAGUCAAUGUUCUCGACAACCCAGCAACUCCAGUCGAGCUCGGGGCAUCGAUCUUCGUAAAAGUCAACCACCACCUUGUUAACGCAUCCAGAGAACUUGGCCUUCACGUUAGCGGCGCCAACCGUGCCCGACCCCAAGAAACAGAAGACACGCUCGGCGUCUGGGACGGGGAGCAGUUUGUAUUUGUGCUGAAGGAGGCCUCUACCUGGUGGAAUGUUGCCAAGCUGAUUUGGAGGUACGGAUGGUCACCAGUCCGAACCUAUCGCCUGAUGAAAUCAACCGUCAACAAGUUUCUCCAACUCUACGACGAGCCCAUGUUCCCCUUCCAAUCCCUCACUUUGGCUACGGAAGCAGUGGGGCUGCUGAACACAACCGCUGUCUCUGGAGAGAAUUUCCUUGAGAAGAACCUCAUAUCAGCAGACUUCUCUCGUGAAGUCAUCCAAGCAAGCACUCGUGUCAACUACGGACAGAACCUGGGUCUAAUCCACGGCCUCGAGACAAUGGUCUGCAUGGCAACCGAGGGUGCAAUGUCCGUUGAAGGAGGAAACUGGCUCAUCUUUGAUGGAAUGCUCAAAUCCUCCCAUGCUGACAUUCGUCUAAACCACACAGUUACAUCAAUCGACUGGAAUGCCAACGGCCCCUCAACGCUAACCUUCAACAAAGAUAACAAGCCAGAAGAGACGCUCGAGUUUGACGAGGUCGUCGUCGCCGGUCCCUGGCAAUUCUCCGAUAUCACCGUCACUCCGCCCCUUGAGAAGACCCCUGAUGAGAUCCCAUUUGUAACACUUCACGUUACCCUCUUCUCCUCGCCCCAUCGCCUUUCACCCAAACGGUUUGGCCUAACCGAGCCUGACGCCCACGCUCCAGAGACCAUUCUCACCACACUGCCUCGCGGGACCGACCUAGGCCAAAACGAAGCAGGCGUUGGACCAGCCGGCUUCUGGAGCAUCAGUACGCUUCGGACGGUCAUUGCUCCAGACUCCCCUGAAGGAACGCACUAUGUCUACAAGGUCUUCUCCCCGGAACGGCUCACCGCCGAGUUCAUACAAUCUAUUCUCGGCCUCGAACACGAGCAGACACCCAACCGUAACGCCACCAUUGGCGAUCUGUCCAAGUGUGAUGUAAGCUGGUUCCACGAGAAAAUCUGGCGUCCGUACCCAUUCGUCUACCCUCGAGUCACGUUCGAAGACCCGCUUCUUGCCCCUCACAUCUGGUACACGGGCGGGAUUGAGAGCUUCAUUUCGACAAUGGAAACAAGCGCCUUGAUGGGCAGGAAUGUAGCUGCAUUGAUGUCUCAAGACUGGCAGGCCCAGAAUGAGAAUCGGAAGGAGAGCUCGGCGCAUUCGUUCCAUGGCAAGGAGAGAAUUGAACUGUGA